GAAUAACGUGAUUUACUCGAUACGCUAUGAUAGAGAAAAUGUACGUCAUGUGAUUGUGGAUUCUUUUUUUCGCACGAAGCAGUCACCUGUCGGCCAAGAAAAAUACAAUUACGCCUGCAAAAUUUGAGAGACCAGCCAGACAAAGAAAACCAAACCGUGCAAGAUGGCGCCCCAAAUACGCACAGUCGUAACGCAAACAUUUCUAUGGCUCUUCCUCGCCGCUGCUACCAUCCUAAUCCUCUACUUUGUUAUGACUGGCAAAGGAGAACGCGUGAGCGUUGGCUGGUUCCUCGCCUCCUCGAGCCCGUACAUGUGGGCAUGCCUGGGCAUCGGAUUGUCUGUGUCGCUAUCGGUUGUGGGCGCUGCCCUUGGCAUUCAUACGACGGGCACCAGUAUUGUGGGUGGCGGCGUUAAGGCGCCCCGCAUCAAGACCAAGAAUCUGAUUUCGGUCAUUUUCUGUGAGGCUGUCGCCAUCUAUGGCCUGAUCACGGCCAUUGUGCUCUCCGGCCAGCUGGAGCAGUUCCAAAUGGAAUCGGCGCUCGAAUCCAGCGGCAUCAUGAACCAGAACUGGUUUUCGGGCUAUCUGAUUUUUGGUGCUGGUCUUGCCGUCGGCCUCGUGAACUUGUUCUGCGGCAUUGCCGUCGGCAUCGUUGGUUCCGGCGCAGCACUCUCAGAUGCCGCGAACGCUGCGCUCUUCGUCAAAAUUCUGAUUGUGGAGAUUUUCGGUUCGGCCAUCGGUCUCUUUGGUCUGAUCGUGGGCAUUUACAUGACUUCGAAGGCAAAGAUGGGUGACAAGGAAUAAGCGGACGCUGCAAUGACAUUUGUGUCACGCGCCACCCCAUCCAAAAACAACAACAACAAUCAGUCAUCAAGUCAUUCCGACAACUAAAGCACAACAACAUCUGUGUUCCUCCAUUGGAGUUUUUCUUUUUUUUGGAAAUUAAGAUUCGUUAUGCGCAGUUACAGAUAGUGAGAUAGGAGGAGAAACCUUCACGACGACAUGGGACUUUAGUUACUUAUUAAGUUAAAAAGAAAAGUUAAUUAUCGAAUUUUUACGCUGCGCACAUUGCGCCAAUUCUCAGCAUCAAUCCAACAAUUGUGCGUUUAAUGUGCGCCGUGUAAAAAUUGCAUUCGAUUUCUUCUAUUCUAGUUAAAUCAGUUUAAUUCGUAUUUGUGUACGAGAGACAAGUGUGUGUGUUUAUCAUAAUAUAAUGCUAUAAUUUAUGAUAGGUAUGUAGUUGUUUAUAUUAUUUGUUCAUUUUUUGGCACUUGUAUUCUAAAGAGAAAAAUGUAUUAUAUUAACUACAAAUACAAAUAAUAACUAUAUAAAAAACUGUAUAUUUUAUGCUACGGCUAAUUCAGAAGUAAUAGAAACUACACAAACCAUAUUAUUAUUAUUACUAUUAUUAUAGAGAAUAUUCCAUAUUAAAUAAAUGUGUUUUGUUAACAAAUCCCCAAAUCGUCACCAACUCUAAUCAGUUGCACGCGCCCAACUUCUAUAAUAUAUAUAUAUAUAAAUUCCCCCAAUGUAUG